CCGUGUUAAGCAAGUAAUCCCGAUCCGGGUCCGGCGAAUUGUAGCGUCGCAGGACGUGAACGCGGUUUAUUGAGCACUAGAGCGUAAACUAUAGUCGUCGGUUUACCUUCUUUAUCUGGAGGAGUUGGAUUGCAAUUACUAGCUCGAUAUAUGAAACUGAGAUGAGACUCUAGUGAAAGAUCACCACAGUCGUCGCCGGCGACGAAAUUGAAGUGACCAUGAGCUCUCCCACGAACCCUCAAAAUCAAGCCCCAGGCUCUCCCACUCAAGAUCCCAACCACGAUCAACAAGAAGACCCCCCACAAUCAAAUGACCCCCAAUCCCCUAAAACCCUAACCCUAGAAAUUCCUCACGGAGAACACCCGAACGCACAGGCCGAUGAUACGAACCAAGACGAUCCAGAAGAUAUCACCCCUGUUUCUCCAACAAUCUCUGAUACCCACGUGUCCGUCGCUGUCCCUACCAAUUUUACCAAUUCUCGCCGCGGCGGAGGCGGCUCAAAACGCAAUAAAAGACAUCGUUACCAAGAGAAGAAGAUCCAGAAAAGGCUCGAAAUUCUUGGUGGGACCCUUAACCCCAUCCCGUUUGUCCCCGUCAAAACCCUCGAUUUCGCAUCCCAUGAAGCUCUUCUAAGGAGACUUGGCUUAUGGGACUUUGUCCACCUGCAGUUCGAUGUGAACAUCCGCGUCGAUCUUAUUAUGCAAUUGAUUGCUAAUUUUAACCCCACCGGUCGCCACAGCUACGUGAAUGGGUGUCGCAUCAAAGUCAGUCGCGCUGACUUGGCUCGUGCGUUGAGCCUUCCGACUAAAAAGGAUAAGGUGGAUUGUGCGGUAGAGGUGGAGAGGGAAGAAUCGAUUGGAUUCAUAGAGGAAUUUGUGUCUACUUGGUUGUUAUUGCAUGAAGAUACCUGGAUGAUGACUGACGACAUUUUGAGUAUGACUAAUGCGAUCAAAGAAGGGCAUUUUGAGAAGGUCGACUGGGCUAAGUUAAUUUGGGUUAUGCUCGAGAAGGAGUUGGCGGCAUCACCCAAUUUAGGUAACUGUUAUUAUGCCUCGCAUUUACAAAAACUGAUAAAACAUCAGAAGAGUGACUUGUUUAGGGAAGAGCCUGUUAAAAUGGAGGUCGAUGGGAAUGAUGACGGGGAGGAGGAAGAUGUGAGAAUGAGUGAGGAACUUCCUGGAGGAUCAGAAUUGGAAGAGCAUAAUAUUGAAUUGAGUCUUGGUGGACUGGAUAAUUCAGCAAAAGAUGAUGGUGUGAAAGAGGGAAAGGAGGAAGUGGGUGAUGAGGACACUAUGGAUUUUGAGGAAAGUAAGGAGGAUGAAGAACAAGGGCAGUGGCUAAAGAACAGCGUGGAUGGGAAUUUUCUGCGGCAUUGUACUCUUGGGGAAAUUGCAGGUGCGGAAUGUGAGGAGAGAAGGGAGGAAGAAGAGGUGGGAGAAGAAGAGGAAAAAGAAGGUGAAGAUGGAGAAGAAGAAGAGGAGGAGGAGGAGGAAGAGGAAGUGGGUUAUAGUAUUUCGCCUAAAGGGGACGCUUUGGAGGGUGUAAAUUCUGAGAAUCUCAUUGCAGCCAUGGAAGCAGCACAAAUUCCUUUUAGUUCUGGUCUUCAAAUGGGUGAUACUGUGUCCUCAGCAGACUUCCUUGCAUCUAGGGUUGGUGCACAGACAAUUCCUGGUAGUUCGUCACUUUUUAGUAAUGGCAAUGGAAACAAAAGGGAAAUUGAGCAUCUUGAGAAUGAUAUGCCCCAUCAUGCUCUUAAUGGUGGUAACAAGAGGAUAAGGACUGAUGGACCAUGGGAUAUGAAGUCAUCCUCUGAAUUUGAAAUGUAUAUGGAGCAAAUGGGACAUAUUAUGGGAAAAGCUAGGAUGGCCUAUGAGGCAAAGGAGCAGGCUUAUCAGGAUAUGAGUAUGAAUCAGCAAAUUUUGCUUAAUGAGUUGCAGCAGCGGGAUAAUAUGAUUCAGCAUUUACACAAGGCUAAGAUGGAGGAGCAACACAAAAGGCAGUUAGAGGUUUAUAGGCUUGAGCGUGAAUUAUAUAUGAUGGCAAAUCUCUUAGAAGGGUAUAGAAAAGCUUUGAAGGAGACGCACAAGGCAUUUGCUCAGUAUCGAUCACAGUGCCCGCUGCCUGAAGAACCAAUUUACAAGGAUACUGGGUCUGGGGGUCUUGUUUUGAGCACCAUCGAAUUGGAGAAGCAGCGUUUGAAACAAGAGGAAGAAGAAAGGCAAAACCGAUUGUUGAUUGAGAAGAAAGUUAAGGAAUUCGAGGCAGAGUGUAUCGCUAGUUUUGAAGCAUACAAAGAUGGAGUCGAUACAUUGGAUAGCAAGUUGCUGGAUGUUGAAAAGGAAGUCAAAGUCUUGAAGGAAAGAUAUGAGAAACGGAAGUAUGCAAGGAUGUCAGAAUGUCCUCCAGCUGAAGAAUGAGUUGCUCACAAAUCUGUUUAAUGUGUGUGGAAAUGUAGGUGAAUGCCAACUAUUUAUGUAAGUUGAACGGCACAAAUCUUUCUGUGUUUUUGAAACUAGAAGCUAGAAGCUCAAAUUACUGUUAAUUGCUGACAGUUUGCAUAUUUUGAUGUGUUAUCCGUUUGAUCAA